AAAACUCUUUCCCCUUUCCAUUUUUUCACAUAGAAAUCCGCAGUUAAAUACUGUUUUUACAUUUUACACCCUUUUUACGUCUUUGAACGUUGAGAAGAUAGAAGACCACUGGGUGGCUUCUUAUGGAAAGGUUCUUCUCUUUAUUACCCGACCUCUGAAAGAAGUUUUUACUAUAUUUUUAUCUUACAUUUUAAACACAUAUUAAAAAUAUGGUUUUUACUUUUCAAAAACCUAUUCCCUUGGGAAAAUUUUCUUUCGACGUCUCAUUUCACAAAUUUCACGUGACUAAACCCAAUCGGGCUGGAUGUAACAAGAUUUACGAAAUCAGAAGAUCAAAAAGUUUCUUUUUUGAGUUAGCCGAUCCCUCAGCAAACACCAAUGAUAUUCAUCUUAAAAUACACACAAAUGAUUAUCACAUGAAAUCAACCCCUAUUAGCUACUCUUCCACCUGUAGCUUUCCUAAUCUGAGGUUUCAGAUUAGUAAGAUGUUACAACAUUUUUUUUCUCAUCAAAAAGUUAUCCCACGCUCCAUACAAAAGAAAUACUUUAAUCUUAUACGUUCCAAAUUGCUUAAUAGAUAUUUUCUUGUCAAUUCACGUGCUGAUAAAGUCACACUUAGAAAUUCACAAACAAAAACUUUCUUUAAAUUUUCAUAUAAACGUUACCGUUUUUACUUAGGUAUAUUUACACCGUGCAAUUUUUCCACCACCUACAAUUUUGAACCAAAACACACACAGAUAUGUCGUGUCCCCUCUCCUUACAUUAUGUCUCAUAAUAGACGCGCUUGCGUUUCUCAUCAAAAAAAUUUAGACAUUUUUCAUAACAUCAAGAAACCGACCCUGUUAUCGGAUGAUAACAUAAAUAACAAGCAGUUUCAUGCAACUCUUAUCCAUAAACGAUGGCAACAUCGUACCAAAAAGCACGUUAAUUCAAACCGUCUAGGAAUUUCGUAUGAUGUUUCAUACAUAGCUAAUGAUCAAAAAUCCAUUCCUAUACACAUAGAACGUCGUAUGUAUCAAAAACGAUUUAAUAACUUCCGUUCACAACACUCCGACAGAAGUAAAAGGAGCAAAAAACAAAAAUCCCGUUUUCAACGGGCUUGUAGAUCUGUUUUCUACAAUCGUGGUCACAAGAAAAAGAAAAAACUUCACAAUGGAUUGGUAACUCUUGAAGAAAAACUACACCGUGCUCGACAACACCGUUUCCUCUUUUUACCUUCACAACAUAUUAAUAAACCUGUACAACAUUUAAGAUAUUAUAAAGGGCUGAUGCUCAGACUUGAGAAAGAUUAUAAUUUUCCUAUACCUCCUGAACGAUCCAGGCGACCUAUAGGCGCUGUAAGCGCAAUAACUGAGACGUGGCAUGAGAAGUUGGGCAUUUGGAUUCCUAAAGACCUUCUCCCUUAUGUAACUGAUGAACCUGUUUAUAUUUCUAAGAGACAGGCAAAAAUCAAAGGUCAACAAUUUUCACCAGGAUGUGGAUUCUGGUUCGAUGGUAUUAGAAAACGCAAAGAAGCUCAUGAAUUAGCUGUACGACAACAAAAAGAACAUGAAGCAUGGGAAGUUAAACGCCGUGCCCAGGAAGAAGAACUUUCCGCUAGAGCUAAACUCUGGGGUACUUCCUCCAAUCGUAUAGAAUAUCGUGAAGAUAUGUGUAAAGAUCUCACUAAAUUUCAAGAACAUUUUCAUAAAAAAAUCACACCUUUAGCAGACCGCCGUUCAGUUUUACAUAACAGACUUACACAAGGCAAAAACGUUUACAAAACAAAUAAACAAUUGCUCCAACUAGAGCAAGAAUUAGGUCGUUUUAAUAUUGACUACUUUUCCGUUAUUGACGACAACUCACCCCAAUACCAGCUAAGACCACACAAGCGUCCCCCUAUCUUACCUGCGUAUACAGAUAGGCAUAACAUUGAGAUCAAAAAAAUGAGACUGGAUAUAAUGUCUCCUGAAGACUCUAAAGUCUUCGCUUUACCUUAACCCCGUUCGAUUACAACUUUCAGCUUAUUUACUUUUUUUUAGUGGCUUGCUGAUAGUUAUAUACUUACAUUUUUUAGCCACACAUUCAUUUUAGACUAGUAAUUUUUUUUUUUACAUCUUUUUUUUUUGGGUAACCCCACGUACUAAAUUUUAUACCAUAGUACAACAAUAAGAAUAGUGUGAAACAUUCCACCUAUGACAGUAUUUACAGGUGGUGGUCUUAACCGACCAAAAGAAAAAUACGGAUCGUUUCUUUUUUAGUUCGAUUGUGCUAAAGCCUUUUCUUUGGUCCAUUGGGUUGUGAUGUCGUGUUAGGGACUCCUCCGGGUUCGUUAAAGGUACCAGAGUGGCGCUGUCCUCGGGCGGUUUGAUUAUAGCUUAGUAUUAGAUAGCGUUCGACUUUUGUUUUAUCUUUUGUUCUUGUCUAUCUUUCUGUAAUCUUGUUCACGUGGUUU